CAUACCAUCACGAAGCUAUAUUAUAUGCAGCUCGGCUAAUUAUGCCAUGUGAAGCUAGAUUAGUCAAUAUUUUGUACACCCCAAGCUAGUCCCGUUUUUCAUAUUAUUUAUCUUCUCCACAAUAUUUAUCCUUCUCCACACCAAAUUACAAGAUUUUAAAGUUAUAUAAGAAAAAAUAGUUAUAUGAGAAAAUGUUUAAAACGUACGCAUAGCAUGCAUUCCAUUUUAUUAUUAUAAAAUAAAAUUUUAUAUUAUUAUAAAUUAUAUUUACUUCUAUUCAAUUGAAAUAUGUCUUAGAGAAUAUUAGAGAGGACUCAUUUGUCAUCCUCUGCCGCUUCCUUAUAAAUAACACAUAUGAGCCAUUAAAGAGUCCCACAAACGCAAAAGACUUUAAAACAUAGUAAUGAAUAUGGCAACCGAAGAGAAACCAAAAAAGAAGAAGAGUCUCAUGAGCUUCUACAAGUUCUCCACUACCACAUCGAAGCAGUCACUCAUAAACCCUAAAUUCAAACCCAACAAAGACUCGAUCCCACCAUCAUCACUAUCGCAAGAAGAUGCAUCAAAACCCAUAGUCCCCCGUCCAAACAAAAUGCCAAACCAUCUGGUGAGAGACAUCUUCGAGUUAGAGACUAGUAGUAAAGAGAGAAAGAAAGGCGGUGAUGGUGGUGGUGCGGCGGAGGAAGGGAGAAAAUCGGUGUCUCACGUGGAGAGGGAUACAACGGCGAGGAUAGCCGCGGCGGCGGAGAUGUUAACGGUGAGGAUAUUAGCGGCGGACAUGCCGGGGUUUAUGCAGGCACAUGCGUUCAGGUGUGCGAGAACGACAUUAGAUAGUUUGGAGAAGUUUAGUUCCAAGCACAUGGCUUUCAAUCUCAAGAAGUCCACAUUUAUACGAACAACUAGUCAGAAAACUCAUUUUCAACACCAAACAUCUAAAAUGAAUACAAAGUAUGAGGGGGAAAGAGACACAUCAUGCCGCUUAACCAAUUCCUUUUUCAUAUCAAUCAAAUGACUGGUGUCUCCAUGAGCUGCAAAAAAAAAAAUUUAAUGUGGGUGAAUAAAUAAUGUUUGGUCCUCAAAAAAACCAUGCGGUACUCUUUCACUCUUAUCCCUUUGUUAUUUUCAACUUAUUUUGGAUCCUUCUUUUGUUGUUCCACGUUAAGGAACGCUGUGCUUUGACUAUAAGCUCUCUUGGCAAUUAUUUUUGUUGACAAUUAGUAAAUAGAAGAAUGAUUUUUAUAACUAUGUACACUAAAAAGUGUACAAAACAAAUAUUCUGCUAAAGAUGUUUCCUAUCAUGAACAUUCAAAUGUAUAACAUAAUGGUGGAACAACUGAAGAACUAGCAUCGAAAUCAUAUUUCAAAAUAUCACAAAAUGCUAGAAGCUUUGUUAUAGAAAAUAAACAUUCUUUUGGUCAACAACUUAAAAAAAAAAUUAAGUGCACAUACAAAGAAAAGACAUAGCAAGAAUGAUCUGAAAGCCUUUUCAAAAAAAAAAAAAGAUUUUAAAACCGUGAAGACCAAUUAAUUAA